AUGUUUAUGAAAAGCAGCAGAUUUAAGGAGAAGGAGUCGGACAUCCCUGGCGUUGGUGCGUACAACGUCAAACCCCUCGAGAGCGGCGUAUCGGUGCACAUACCCAAGGCCAAGAGAUGGAACGACACGCCCGCUGUCGGUACGGCUUCUCCAAUCACAAAAAUGUGA